GAAUGGAGACGAAGUGUUUAUAUAUGUACCAGAAUAGUACCAGCUACAGUGAGAUUCCAAUUUUAGUUUAUACAGUAUUCCCCAAGCCACCUAGACGCUGGUCUCUUGUCGAGGGUGUGAACAUCGAAGGACUCCAUGAGAAUCCUACCUUCUUGAUUAUCAUGAACUUAGGGUAAACUAUUUAAGUCAACGCGUUUGAGAGCCGUCAGCCGUCAGCUGGUCUCUUUGUCAUCUAGCCCGUUCCGAAAGCCUCUAAGCUGUCGGAGGUCUUCGGUAGACCCACAACAAAGACCGCUGAAUGAAUUCUCCGAGUUACGCUACUCUUGAAGAUCAUAACAUCGCAUAAACAGGGAAUUUUAUUCUUGCCUCUCUACAGUCUUCCGUUGAGGUUCAUCAACAGACGUGUGAAUUGGCAUUCACGGUUUCGGUUUCAAUGGGCUUGAUCAUCCUGCGGGGGGGUGGUUAGACAGCUGAUUACAAGGUUAUCAAUAUAAAAGCACAUACAACAUGCGCACAGAUAAAUACCCCACAAAAUGUAUUCGGAUAAGGGUUCAGUUUUCCCAAGAGAGAUGAUUCGUUUGAAAUUUAUAAAAAAUGUUCCAUUUUCAUAGUUUUUUUAAAACCUCAUUUGAGUUGCUUGGUACAUUGUUCCUUAUCGAACUUCAUUUUUUUCCUAGAUGCAGGUUCUACUUAUAUAAUAUACAUCUGAAUAUAUACUUAAUGCUUUUUUUAAAAAUCAAAAUGCGAGUAGGUCUGCUGGUUUACAUUAGUGUAAGGGAUUCACGUGCAUCCUAUAGAUAAUUUUUCUGAAAGAAGGGCCUCAAAAGCGGUCCCUUGCAGCAAUCUGUAUCUCUUUUGCAAUGCAAGCAGUAA